AUGAAGCAACUCGCGUGGAUCACGGCGCUGUUCGCAAAUGUGGCCGUAGGCCUAACACCUGCGGAAUGGCGAAGCCAGUCCAUCUAUUUCUUGUUGACUGAUCGAUUUGGUCGGACGGACAGUUCGACCACGGCAGCAUGCGAUGUUUCAGACCGGAUUUAUUGUGGAGGCAGCUGGCAAGGCAUCAUCAAUCAACUGGAUUAUAUCCAAGGCAUGGGCUUCACGGCUAUUUGGAUCACACCAGUGACCGAGCAGCUUUCUGGAGAUACCGGAGAUGGAGAGGCAUACCACGGUUACUGGCAGCAGAAAAUAUACGAUAUCAACACGAAUUAUGGCACUGCCGCUGAUCUUUUGGCACUGUCGACCGCUUUGCAUGAUCGAGGGAUGUAUCUGAUGGUGGACGUCGUGGCAAACCACAUGGGCUACAAUGGAGCCGGCACAUCUGUAGACUAUAGUGUCUUUGAUCCAUUCGAUUCGUCAUCCUACUUCCAUUCCUACUGCCUCAUCAGCGACUAUGAUAAUCAGAGCAAUGUCGAAGACUGCUGGCUGGGAGAUACUACGGUCUCCUUGCCAGAUCUCAACACAGAUCUGACAUCAGUACAGACUAUCUGGUAUGACUGGGUCGCGGACUUGGUCUCAAAUUACUCCAUUGAUGGGUUGCGAAUUGACACCGUGAAACAUGUUCAAGAAUCAUUUUGGCCCGACUACAAUGAUGCUGCAGGCGUCUACUGUGUCGGUGAGGUCUUUGAUGGAGACCCAGCCUACACUUGUCCGUAUCAGAACUACUUGGAUGGCGUGCUGAAUUAUCCAAUCUAUUACCAACUUCUCUACGCAUUCGAGUCUUCGAGUGGCAGCAUAAGUGAUUUAUACAACAUGAUCAAUUCAGUUGCUUCGGAUUGCGCUGAUCCUACUCUACUUGGGAAUUUCAUUGAAAACCAUGAUAACCCUCGAUUUGCCUCCUACACUGAUGAUUACUCACAGGCUAAGAAUGUGAUCUCGUUCGUCUUCCUGUCAGACGGCAUUCCAAUUAUCUACGCAGGACAGGAACAACACUACGACGGAGGCAGCGAUCCCUACAACCGUGAAGCCACCUGGCUAUCUGGAUACUCUACUACCGCAGAGCUGUAUGAAUACAUUGCUGCGACAAACAAGAUCCGCACUCUCGCUAUAUCUGCGGAUUCGUCUUAUAUCACUACGCUGAAUGAUCCGUUCUACCAAGAUAGCCAUACUCUGGCCAUGAAAAAGGGAUCCAAUAGCUCACCCGUCAUCACCGUUCUCUCAAACUACGGUGCGAGUGGGAGCUCGUACACUCUUUCCCUUAGUGGAAGUGGAUAUUCCUCGGGCACCGUGCUCAUGGAGAUGUACACUUGUACUUCUGUGACAGUUGACUCCAGUGGAAAUAUUGCUGUUCCAAUGGCCUCAGGUCUACCCCGUGUCUUCAUGCUGUCCUCUUCUGUAUCUGGCAGUGGGCUGUGUGGAACGUCCGCCUCUACUUCCACCGGAACUACAACUACGACCAAAGCCUCCACGACAACCACGAGUACAGCUACAACAUCUAAGUCGACCACUAGUACCACUACAACUUCCAAGACAUCCACCAGCACUUGUUCUCAAGCUACUGCUUUGCCAGUACGCUUUGAAGAAGUGGUGACCACGACGUAUGGUGAGAAUAUUUACAUCUCGGGCUCCAUCAGCGCACUAGGAGACUGGGACACGGAUGAUGCUAUCGCUUUGUCAUCUGCUGAUUACACAACUUCCGAUCCGGUCUGGUAUGUCGUUGUCACUCUGCCAGUGGGAACAGCUUUCCAGUAUAAGUUCAUCGAGAAGACGGAUGGAUCGUCAUCCAUCGGAUGGGAAAGUAACCCGAACCGGUCGUACACAGUUCCAACGGGCUGUGCAGGUACAACUGCGACGGUCACGGCGACUUGGAGAUAG